AAACGAGUAAGAAAAAACUCAAAAAGGGUAGCGAGAGGAGCAGAGCAGUUUCCGUUAUCCAUUCUCUCUCUUCACCAAUACAUUUUUCCAUCAGAUAUUUUUUUAAUUUUCUUCGUCGUCAAAAAAUAAAAUCGGAAAUUAGGGUUUUUGAUUUCAAUCAAAUUCGAGGUUUAUCUUCAACCAUGGUGUCUGAUUCAAUCAUCAAUGCAUCGAUUCCCAAUGUUUCUAAGGAUUUCGGCAAGAAGAAGAGGGCGAAUAGGUCGGCGAAAUUGAAGCAGUGUAAGCUUGAUGCUCGCCGUGAACAGUGGCUUUCGCAAGUUAAGAAUAAGAAUUGCAAGGAGGAAAUGAAUGUUCCUGUUGUUGUUUCAUCUGGUGGUGGUGGUGGUGGUCAAUUCAAUGGGCCGGUGAUUGAAACUCGAAAGAAGGUGGCCAAAUGCUGUAAUGAUUUAAAAGUGCAAAGCCCGAGAGUGGAGGAGAUCAACCACCAUGACAGUGACUCUGAAUCGUCCCCGUCAAAUAGCCCGACAAGUAGCAUUUCUAGGGAGAAUGAUUCAGGGACUACUUAUACUGGUAGCAGCAGCAGCAGUACUUCUAGCUUCAGUAGCCGUGGUGGGUGCUUUUCGGGGAGCAUUUCAGAAGAAGAGGAUGGUAAUGGUGAUGAGGAUGAGGAUGAUGGGUGUUUGGAUGAUUGGGAGGCUGCUGCAGAUGCUUUGGUAGGUGCUCCCGAUGCUAAUCAGGGUCAUUAUCAGAAUGCUAAUCUUUUCCCUGAGCGAGAAACCACAGUUGGGUUGAGUUCUGGAGCUCAGCAUCCCAGCUGUGAGAAUGUGGAUGCCCAAGUGGAGAUAUUGAAGAGCGACAGGGUUGGAAUUUUGGGCAGGGGUAGCGAGAAUGGCAGAGCUUGGAGGCCGGAUGAUGCUUUUAGGCCUCAGAGUUUACCUAAUUUGGAGAAACAGCGGAGUUUUCCAUCUGGUGCAGAGAGGCUUCAAGGGUUUACAAACCCUUGGGGUCGUAAUACGACUCCUCGUGUGCCUACAUCGUGCCCUAUAUGCUGUGAGGAUUUGGACUUGACAGACUCAAGUUUUCUCCCUUGUCCUUGCGGGUUCCAUUUGUGCCUUUUUUGUCACAAGCGGAUCCUUGAGGCGGAUGCCCGUUGUCCUGGAUGCAGGAAGGAGUAUGCUUCAGAACCACUAGAGAAGGAGGCCAGUGUGUCCGGUGGUAGUCUAACAAUUCGUUUGGCUCGCUCUUGUAGCAUGUCAUGUUCAAGGGUUUAGGAGAUGAAGUUGUCUUUUUCUUUUUGGGCUCAGCUUAUGUAUGGUGGAACUCUCUCAGUUUUUACUUUGUGAUGUCUAUCAGUGUUUUGUUCUUCUAGCCUGAUUCUAGUUCGUAGAUGUGGGUAUAAAAGCUUGUGGUUUUAAGCACCGAGUUAUUGAGCUGGCUUGAAUAUAGAGAGUUUGGUCCUAAUCUGUGUGGUGCUUUUGCUGAUUGUAGAGGAAAUGGAUGCUAGUAUGUGAAUAGAUAAGUGGGUACAGAAAUUGAAUACAUUAAAGUUCAUUACAAUCUUGUCUAUUCUCUA